AUGGGGAGACACUCUUGCUGUUACAAACAAAAGCUGAGAAAAGGGCUUUGGUCUCCUGAAGAAGACGAGAAGCUUCUCAACUACAUCACCUAUCACGGUCAUGGUUGCUGGAGCUCUGUUCCUAAACUUGCCGGUUUGCAGAGAUGUGGUAAAAGUUGCAGACUGAGAUGGAUCAAUUACUUGAGACCUGAUUUAAAGAGAGGAGCUUUCUCACCAGAAGAAGAGAAUCUCAUCGUCGAGCUUCAUGCAGUCCUUGGAAAUAGAUGGUCACAGAUUGCAGCAAGACUUCCGGGUAGAACCGACAACGAGAUCAAGAACCUAUGGAACUCAAAUAUAAAGAAGAAACUGAAAGAAAGAGGCAUUGAUCCAAACACACACAAACCCAUCUCAGAAGUUAACAAAGACAAACCAACAACAAGCAGCAACGACCACAAGUCUCUUAGUGCCUCCUCUGCAACUAACCAUGACUUCUUCCUCGAAAGGCCAUCUGAUUUCUUCGACUGCUUUGGUCCUCAGAAGCUUAACAACUUCAACCCCAACCUCGGACUCUCCGUUGAUUCUUCUUUCUGCUCCAUGAUUCCGGCGCAGUCUAGCCCCGGAAACAUGGUUGGUUCUGUGUUUCAGACACCCUCUUGUGUCAAGCCUUCAAUUAGUCUUCCUCCGGACAACAGUUCGAGUACUGAUCAUGCAGCACCUAACUGUGAGUUUCAGACAAACAACACCUCGAGUUUCACCGACAAUGGUGGAUUCACAUGGUUAGUCCCAGAUUCUUCUCCUUCUCUAGUCAAACCUAAUCAUAACUUCGAGGAAUUGAAAUGGUCAGAGGAUUCGAACACACCGUUCUUCAAUGGGAGCACUGAACAGAGUCAAAUCUCUCUGCCGAUCUUCAUCAAAUUAGAGGCAGAUUACUUAGCCAAUGUUUCAAGCUUGACAGAUCCUUGGAGUCAAAGCCAGAACGAGAGUUUGAGCACACCUGAAGCUAGUGACGUGUUUUGCAAGGAUCUUCAGAGGAUGCCUGUCUCUUUUGGUCAGUCCCUUUAG